UCUUCGCCUUCCUCAUUUCUCUUUGUUUUGGAAAAAGCUGGGGCUUUUCUGCUGAUCUAGGUUUAAUCUGUGGGCAGAGCUCUAUAUAAGGUUUCAGUGCUGAGCAGUUUGAAAGCUCCUCUGACUCCACCUCAGGUCAGAUCAGAUCAGAAGCAGACAUGGUGUCGACUAAAGUCACAGUAACAGUGAUAACACUGGUUACUCUCUGUGCGCUCACCAUCCAAACAUCUGCAGUUCAUCCCGGAUGCUGUCGCAGACACAUAAAAGGCAAAUUAAAGUUUGAGAGCAUCAAAGGCUACUCGGUGCAGCUUUUAACAGAGAUGUGUCCAAUCAGUGCCAUCAUUUUCCACCUAAAGAGUGGCAAAAAAUGCUGCACUGAUCCUGCUCUGGACUGGGUGAUGGACUAUGUCAACCGCAUCAGAUACGAAGCCCAGAAAGUUCAUCAGAACGCUCAGUCUCCCAUCAAGAAGCACUGAUGUGAAUUUUCUCAGGUUUAUCGUGUUUCACAGGAGCAUCUUCCUGUUAUGUAAUAUAAUGAAGAUCAGUUUGAAAAGCUCACGGCUGAUAUAUUAAUUUAAAACUUAUUAAAUAACGAUGUUACCGGCUCAGUUUUAAGAGCACUGUCAAUAUUAUUUUUCUAUGAAAUACUUUGUUGUUAAAUUUAACCCUAUUAAAGCUUUUUUAA